ACCGUGAACUCCAUACAAUCAGUCGCAACAAUAUUAUACAGUACAAUCACUCGCAGCAUUCAAGGUGAUCACCGAGCAAGAAGAACCAGCGCAAUGGCCACGCCCUCCGCUCAAGCCCCGACGCCGGCCGCGACGGCGACGCUCCCUCUGGCCGGCCGCGUGGCGAUCGUGACCGGCGCGUCGCGCGGCAUCGGCCGCGCCAUCGCCACCCAGCUGGCCUCCCUCGGCGCCAGCCUCGUCAUCGGCUACGCCUCGAGCUCAUCCCUCGCCGACGCGCUGGCCGCCGAGCUGAUCCCGCGGGCCGUGGCGGUGCGGGCCGACGUCUCCUCCGAGGCCGGCGUCCGGGCCCUCUUCGACGCCGCCGAGUCCGCCUUCCACGGCCCGGCCCACAUCCUCGUGGCCUGCGCGGGCCUCGGCAUCGGCACAUACCCUUCCCUGGCCACCACCUCCACCUUAGACUUCGACGCCGUCUUCUCCGUGAACACCCGGGGCGCGUUCCUCUGCAUCCGCGAGGCGGCGAACCGGCUGGCGCGCGGCGGCGGGGGCCGGAUCGUGGCCGUGUCGUCGACGCUGGCGGCCACGCUGCUCCCGGGGUACGCGGCGUACGCGGCGUCCAAGGCGGCCGUGGAGGCCAUGGUCCGGGUGGCCGCCAAGGAGCUGGGCGGCGCGAGGGUGACGGUGAACUGCGUGGCGCCCGGCCCAGUGGCGACGGAGCUCUUCUUCGAGGGGAAGAGCGAGGAGGCCGUGGAAAGGUUCCGGAAGGGCCACCCCAUGGGCCGGCUCGGCGAGGUCCAGGACAUCGCGCCCGUCGUCGGGUUCCUCUGCACCGACGCCGCCGAGUGGGUCAACGGGCAGGUCAUCCGGGUCAACGGCGGCAUUGCUUAGCGCAGCGUGGCUCUCUGUUCAUUUUUAUGAACGUCGUGCGUGAUCGAUCAUUUCACUGCUUUGGUGGUUCAAUAAUAAGUAGAGCAGAGCAAGCUGUGAUUUGUGUCGUCGCAGCAUUUUUUGUUCUUUUCGUUGGAAUUUAUGCUUAAACACGUGAGAUGUUCAACUAUGGUUUUCCCUUUUUUUUAUUAACUUGGCUUUUUGGUAAA